AUGGCGGCGCGUCCGGGCCCAUCCAUGGCGAAUCUGUCGCAGACGCCUUCAUCCACGCCCGGUGGCGAUGCCAAGUGGUACGACACGAUGCUGAGCCAUCUGUCGUCGCAACCGGCGUGGCCGGCGGACAAGGAGAACGCCGUGCUGGAACCGUACACGUACCUCGAUGCGAAUCCGGGCAAGGAGGUGCGCACGAAGCUCAUCGAGGCGUUCAACGUGUGGCUCAAGGUGCCUGCGCGCAAGCUGGAUGCGAUCUGCAGCGUGGUGCGCAUGCUGCACACCGCCUCGCUGCUCAUGGACGAUGUCGAGGACAACUCGGAUCUGCGUCGUGGCAUCCCCGUCGCCCACAAGAUCUACGGCGUACCCCAGACGAUCAACACCGCCAACUACGUCUACUUUCUCGUAUUCAGCGAGAUUUUUCGCAUGAACGAGGGCUCCUCGCCCGCUACAUCGCCGCCUCUGUCACCGGGCCAGGUGGGCGUGGCAAGGGCGACGGUGGAGAGGCUUGUGGUGGACGAACUGAUCAACCUGCAUCGUGGACAGGGUAUGGAUCUGCUGUGGCGCGACAGUCUCAUCUGCCCUACCGAGGAGGAGUAUGUGGAGAUGGUCAACAACAAGACGGGCGGUCUGUUCCGCAUUGCGGUCAAGCUCAUGAUCUCGCAAUCGCCGCCGGCGCGCUCGGCGCACUUUGUCGACCUGAUCCCCAUCGUCAACCUGAUCGGACUGCUGUUUCAGAUCCUGGACGACUUUAUGAAUCUGCAGAGCAGCAAGUACGCCGAAAACAAGGGGUUUGCAGAGGACCUCACCGAGGGCAAGUUUAGUUUCCCCAUCAUUCACUCGAUCCGGUCCAGUGUCACCGACUCGGAAGCGGUGGGGACGGGAAACAGACAGAUCCUCAACGUGCUCAAGCAGCGACCCACGGAUUUGGCCACCAAGCAGUAUGCCGUGUCGUACAUGCGCAACGUCACGCGCUCCUUUGACUAUACCACCGACGUCCUCGAACGACUGCAUGCCCAGGCGCACAAGGAGAUCAGCCGACUCGAAGAGCAGCUCGCCACGCCGAAUCCUGCGCUCACCCACAUCCUAUCGUCACUCCGCAACAGCUGGACGUCUGUAUGA